GAAAUGGCAAAAGUGGUCAGCACCAUCUGUGAUGAGCUGGAGAGCUGCACAGACGGAGGAAUUUGUGGGAUCACCAUCCAUUUCCCGGAGGAGGAUGGACAGAUCCCGGCGGAGUCUGAGCCAGCUGACAUGGGUGCAGUGGUUAUCGAAGUCGUAUGGCGUGGGAGACAGGACCUCCAUGUCGCUGAGGUACGCGUGGUAAAUUCAAGUCUUCAAAAGUGCCUCAACAUCAGUGCCAGCGCAUGCAACUUCCUUGCGGAGCUUCAGGAAAGGCCAGACGCUCUGGACAUGCGUUUGGGCAGCUUCCCCGAUGCGAUGCCCCUCGGGGCAAUGCGUCGCAUCUCCUUACAAGGUUACCAUCCCGCAGCACCUCACCAACACCUCCAGUCACGGAACAUGAAAGAUAUUCUCCUACGUGGAAGCUUUGAAAUCGCCAUGCUACGAGCACCAGAAGCACAGCUGCAGGUAGUCAUGCCUAAGACCCUGAUCCCCUUGGCAGCCAUCAAAGUGGAGAGCGCGGAUAGACGACAGGUCCAAACUGCGCAGGAUGGUUGGUGCGCGGUUGCUUUACGGCCUGGCAUCCAGAAGCUUCGUUUGCGGCACGAACUCCUGGGCGCCUGGAAGGAACAGUCCGUGGAGACCUCAUCCCUGCAGCCAUUCUUCCAGAUUCCAAUGGCGAUGGAGCUUGCGGUUUGGAUGACCCCAAUAACGAUUACUGGACAA